AAGAGAGUGAGACACUGAACGCAAAGUAACGCAGGAACAAUAGAGAGGCAAAAAGAAAGGAAGAUAAAGGCUUGUUGUAACUGGACUCUUUCCUGUAAUCUUUUUGUUCUGCCUUGUUUUAAGAAUGGAAGAGGAGGGAAGGACAAUUCUACCUCUAACACACAGCACAUGAGCUGAGCAUGCAGCCAGCAGCUCUCCUUUGCUGUGUGAGGCUGAUCAUUGCACGCAUCUGCAGCAGGAUUUGGACACAAUAUUUGGAACCGUAUUAGGUUGGAUCAGACAGACUACAAAAAAAUUAUUUAACAAGCGGAGGAGGGUGGGAAACAAAGGAAUUAUUAGACUGCCAUAUUUCUCAAGAAAUAGGCAAUUGUUUCAAGACCAGGUGACAAUGCUGCUGCGCGUGGCUUCCCUUUGCUCCUGCCUGGCCUUGGUCUGCAGUUGGACAACCUUUCAUCACCCGGUCCCUGUCUACAGGAGUUUUAACUUUAGUUCUUUAUCUCAAGUUUUUCAGCUAACAGAGAACAAAAAGCAGCAGCCGCUGGAAGCAGCUGAAAAAGUGGAGAAGUUGGGACAGUAUUUCAAAAAGAACUUGAGAAGACUGAGAGAGAAAAGUCAGAACUUGGAUCUGGUGUUCCUGGUUGAUGAGUCCUCCAGUGUGGGACACUCUAACUUUGUCAAUGAGUUAAGGUUUGUAAAAAAGCUGCUUUCUGAUUUCCCAGUGGUACCCUCUGCCACAAGAGUGGCCAUAGUCACCUUCUCCUCUAAGACUAAUGUGCAGACUAGGGUUGACUACAUCUCAUCUAGGCAGCCUCACCAACACAAGUGUUCCUUGCUGAACAGAGAGAUCCCAGCCAUCACCUACAAGGGAGGAGGCACCUACACCAAAGGAGCGUUCCAGCAAGCAACGCAAAUAUUAAGGCAUUCUCGUAGUGAUUCUACCAAAGUUAUAUUUCUUAUUACGGAUGGGUAUUCGAAUGGUGGUGACCCAAGGCCUAUUGCUGCAAAUCUACGAGACCUUGGAGUGGAAAUCUUUACCGUUGGAAUAUGGCAAGGAAAUAUCCGAGAAUUACAUGACAUGGCAUCGCCCCCUAAAGAAGAACAUUGCUACCUGCUUAAUAGCUUUGCUGAAUUUGAAGCAUUAGCUCGACAUGCACUGCAUGAAGACUUGCCAUCUGGAAGUUACAUUCAGGAGGAUAUUUCACAUUGCUCCUACCUGUGUGAGUCUGGGAAGGACUGUUGUGAUGUCAUGGCGAGUUGCAAAUGUGGCACUCACACUGGCCAAUAUGAGUGCAUCUGUGAGAAAGGAUACUAUGGAAAAGGACUGCAGCAUGAGUGCACAGCUUGUCCAUCAGGAACAUAUAAGCCAGAAGGCUCCCCAGGUGGUGUGAGCACUUGCACAUCAUGUCCUGAUGAAAACCACACCUCUUCACCAGGCAGUACCUCAGUGGAUGACUGUGUUUGCAAGGAGGGAUAUGAAUAUGACGGUCAGAACUGUAAAGUUGUGCGCUGUCCUGUGCUACUUCCGCCUGAGAAUGGCAAUUUUAUCCAGGACAUCUGCAACAAUCAUUUUGACGCUGCUUGCGGAUUCCGGUGCAACACAGGCUAUGAUUUAGUUGGAAGCAAGAUUCGUCUUUGUAAGCCAGAUGGACAGUGGUCAGGUUCAGAAGCCACCUGUAGGGUUCGAAAAUGUCCAAAACUUUACAGCAUUGAUCACGGCAAGAUGAAUUGUUCAUCAUCCGAUAUAAACUACGGAACAGUUUGCCAUUUCACGUGUAAUGAAGGGUAUCAGCUAGAGGGAAACUCCAAGCUAUUUUGUCAGGGAACAUCACAAUGGGAUGCAAAGGAACCACGCUGUAAAGAAAUCCGAUGUCCAGCUUUUCAGAAACCUAAUGGUGUUUUGGUUUUCCCCAAACAUUGUGGAGACAAAUCAGCUGUCUAUGGAACUGUCUGCCAUAUGGGUUGUCACAGUGGCUUUGCAUUGUUUAGUAUAAGUAAAGAGGUGCGUUGUGCAGCCAAUGGAAAGUGGAGUGAAGAUGUCAACAAAGCUGUCUGUAGAGAUAUUGAGCCUCCUGAAAUAAUCUGUCCAGAAGACAUUCUUGCUGACAAUAUACAGCACCAGAAUUCUGCAGAAAUAAAUUGGAAAGUCCCAGAAGCAAAAGACAAUUCAGGUGAAGAGGUUUCUAUUCAGGUUUCUCCAGCUUUUAUACCACCCUACAUGUUUCCAAUAGGAGAAGUGUCUGUCACAUAUAUAGCAACAGAUCCAUCUGGCAACCAAGCGAGUUGUACAUUUAACAUCAAGGUCAUUGAUAUAGAUCCCCCUGUUAUUGACAGGUGCCGAUCACCACCACCAAUCCAAGCUACUGACAGUGAGCAAAGCGCAAUAUGGGAGGAGCCACAGUUUUCAGACAACUCUGGUUCCCCAUUAGUAAUAACCAAAACUCAUUCACCUGGAGAUCUCUUCCCUCAUGGUGAAACAAUUGUUCAAUAUACUGCUAUGGACCCAUCUGGAAACAGAAGAACCUGUGAGAUAAACAUCAUUAUCAAAGGUUCACCAUGUGAGAUUCCUUUUAAACCCCAGAAUGGGGAAUUUCUCUGCACCAAGGAUGAUGAAGGCAUAAACUGCACCUUACAUUGUAAGGAGGGCUAUGCUGUGGCUGAAGGAUUACACCAAAAUGUCUACUGCACUUAUAAUAAUGGUCAUUGGAAACCUACACAUACAACUGACUGGCCUGACUGCUCUUUAAAACGAUUUGCAAAUCAUGGCUUUAAAUCAUUCGAAAUGCUCUAUAAGGCAUCAAAAUGUGAUGACAGCAAUCUUCUUAAAGACUUUGCAGAUGCUUUUCAGAGUUCACUCGGUAAAAUGGUUCCAUCAUUUUGUAGUGAUGUUGAUGACAUUGAUUGUCAACUUGAGAACGAGCACCAAAGGCAGUGCCUUGAAUACAAUUAUGAUUAUGAAAAUGGAUUUGCAAUUGGACCGGGCGGGUGGGAUGCUGCCAAUAGGCUGGACUAUUCUUACGAUGAUAUUUUUGAUGUCGCAGAAGAAGAAAUAGCAGAAAAGCCUUUGUCCGAUGCCAGCUACACAGCACCAGCGCGGGUUAAAAGGCGCACAGGGCUCAACAUCCCUAUGACAGAUCAGAAAGUUAAAUUUAUUUUUAAUAUUACAGCAAGUGUACCUUUACCAGACAGAAGAAAUGACACAAUGGAAUCAGAGAACCAGCAACGUCUCCUUAAAACUUUAGAAACAAUAACAAACAGGCUAAAGAGAACUCUUAAAAAGGAACCACUCUAUUCUUUCCAGUUUUCAUCAGAGAUGAUAAUUGCUGAUACCAAUUCUCUGGAAAGUGGAAGAGCUGUUCUGUUUUGUCGACCAGGCUCCAUGUUAAAAGGGCGCAUGUGUGUUAACUGCCCAAAAGGGACAUAUUACUCCUUGGAACAUAACACAUGUGAAAGUUGCUGGAUUGGUUCCUAUCAGGAUGAUGAAGGUCAGAUGGAUUGUAAAAGUUGCCCUGCGGGCACUUAUACUGAAUACCUUCAUUCAAAGCGGCUGUCUGAAUGCAAAGCUCAGUGUAAGCCAGGAACCUACUCAUCAAAUGGUCUUGAAACGUGUGAAUCAUGUCCAUAUGGAACUUAUCAAUCAGCCUUUGGAUCUAAGUUUUGUACCACGUGUCCAAAAGGAAUGUCUACAAUUAAGAGAGGAUCAGUGGAUGUCUCAGAAUGUGGAGUUCCCUGCCAUGCAGGUGAGUUCUCCCGCUCAGGAUUGCGACCAUGUUACCCUUGUCCUAGAGACUACUAUCAACCUGACCAUGGAAAAUCUUACUGUCUGUCAUGCCCGUUUCAUGGAACAACUACCACAAAUCGAGCUCGAUCAAUAACUGACUGUUCAAGCUUUGGCUCCAGCUUCUCGGCAGCUGAGGAAAGUGUAAUGAUUCCCAUUUCUCCAGAAAAUGUCAACAGCAAAUACAGAGUCAGCAGUCAGAUUUUUAAUGAAUGCUUUCUAAACCCAUGCCAAAAUGGUGGAACUUGCAAACAGGUUGGAAGUGGAUAUAUUUGCACAUGCACUAAAGGCUACACAGGUGCAAAAUGUGAAACGGAUAUUAAUGAGUGCAGCUCAUCUCCUUGUAAAAAUAAAGGAAAAUGUGUGGAUGGUGUUGGGGAGUUCAAAUGCCAAUGUGUCUCUGGAUAUUCAGGUCUCCUGUGCGAAGAAAAUAUAGAUGAGUGCAGCUCUAAUCCUUGUUUAAAUGAUGGAAUCUGCAUUGAUGAAAUCAAUUUCUAUCGCUGUCAAUGUGCAAAUGGAUUUCUUGGUUCACAAUGUGAAAUAGAAAUUGAUGAAUGCUUAUCAAGGCCUUGCUUAAAUAACGGUGUCUGUGAAGAUCAGAAAGCGGAUUUCCAUUGUCUGUGUCCUCUUGGAUAUACUGGCAAAAUAUGUCAGGAAAAUAUUGAUGAAUGCCUGAGCAGGCCAUGUAAAAAUGGGGCAUCUUGUGCUGAUGGUAUCAACAGCUUCAGAUGUCAUUGUGUGGAGGGCUUUAUUGGGCACCAAUGUGAAAUGAAUGUCGAUGACUGUGAAUCUAGUCCGUGCCUGAAUAAUGCUACUUGUAUAGAUGGUUUGAAUUCGUACAUCUGUAAAUGUCUACCAGGAUUUUCUGGCAGCAGGUGUGAAACAGAACAAUCCACUGGAUUUAACUUGGAUUUUGAAGUAUCUGGUAUAUAUGGAUAUGCCUUGCUCGACAAUGUCAUGCCAACUCUUAGUGCUAUAACCUGUGCAUUCUGGAUGAAUUCAUCAGAUAUGUUCAAUUAUGGAACACCAGUAUCUUAUGCAGUUGAAAAUGGCAGUGAUAAUACAUUCCUUUUGACAGAUUAUAAUGGGUGGGUACUUUAUGUCAAUGGAAAUGGGAAAAUAACAAAUUGUCCCUCAGUGAAUGAUGGAAAAUGGCAUCAUAUUGCAGUUUCAUGGUCAAGUACAGAUGGAUCUUGGAAUGUUUACAUUGAUGGAAAUCUAUCAGAUAAUGGAAAUGGCUUAUCAGAGAGAACAAGUAUACCUGGUGGUGGUGCAUUAGUUCUUGCCCAGGAACAAGAUCAGAGAGGCGAAGGGUUUAAUCCGGCAGAAUCUUUUGUGGGAUCAAUCAGCCAGCUCAAUAUAUGGGAUCAUGUGCUGUCUCCAGUUCAGGUGAAGUCAUUAGCUACUUCAUGCCCAAAUGAACUUCAAAGAGGAAAUGUAAUAGCGUGGGCUGAUUUUAUUCCUGGUGUUGUUGGAAGAGUAAAGAUUAACCACAAAAGCAAGUUCUGUUCAGAAUGCCCUGUCUUGGAGGGAUCUUCUCCUCAUUUGCACACCUCCACCAGCGACCGUAAGCCAGGUUCAAAGAUUAGUCUGUUUUGUGACCCAGGCUUUCAGAUUGUAGGAAAUUCUGAACUACAUUGUCGUAAUCUGGGAGAGUGGGACCAGCCACUUCCACGUUGUGAAAGAAUCAGCUGUGGCGUACCACCUCGCCUAGAAAAUGGCUUUUAUAAUGCUGAAGACUUAUUUGCUGGCAGCACAGUAACUUAUCAAUGUAAUGCUGGUUACUAUUUGCUGGGAGACUCAAGGAUGUUUUGUACAGACAAUGGAAGCUGGAAUGGAAUUUCCCCAUCAUGCUUAGAUAUUGAUGAAUGCGCAGUAGCAUCAGAGUGUGAUGCACAUGCUUCUUGUCAAAAUACAAAUGGAUCCCAUAUAUGUACUUGUAUUCCACCCUAUAAGGGUGAUGGGAAAAAAUGUGUUGAACCUAUGAAGUGUAAUGAUCCUGGUGAGAUAGAAAAUGGAAACUAUUCUGUUACCAGUUUUUUUGUUGGAAGCGAAUUAGGUUUUUCAUGUAACAUGGGUUAUAAUUUGAUUGGAAGACUAAGCUUGACUUGCUUGGAGUCUGGUGAAUGGAGUGAUGUAAUACCGUACUGCCAAGCUAUAUCUUGUGGCAAACCACCUGCCCCAGAUCAUGGUGACAUUGUUGGACUCAAUUUCACAUAUGGAGAGACAGUGACAUUCAGAUGUAAUGAAGGGUAUACUUUAGUUGGUAAUGAAGAUACAUUGUGCCUUGCUAAUGGUUCUUGGAGCUGUGGACCUCCUUCUUGUGAAUCAGUGAUAUGUUCUAAACCGAAGGAUAUUGAUAAUGGUCAAUAUAAACUAAGUGGAGUAACAUUUGCAUCUUCAGCAUUAUAUGAAUGCAACACUGGAUACAGCUUGAGGGGCCCUUCAACUUUGACCUGUGAAGCUUCAGGAAAGUGGAGUGAUGAAUCUCCUUCCUGUCAGCUGGUAACCUGUGGAUCUCCACCUAAUGUUAAACAGGCAAUCGCUACUGGAGACAACGUCACAUUUGGAAAUGUAAUAAGUUACAUUUGUAAUGAAGGAUAUACAUUAGUUGGACCAAAAAACAUCAGUUGCUUGUCCUCUGGAAAAUGGAGUGAAAGUCCCCCUCAAUGUAUGGCUGUGUCUUGUGAUGAACCCCCAAAUGUUGAUCAUGCUUCUCCAGACACACUUCAUCGGCUUUUUGGAGAUACUGCUUAUUACUAUUGUUCUGAUGGAUAUAACUUGGCUGAUAAUUCCAUAAUGUUGUGCAAUGCACAAGGUAAAUGGGUACCCCCUGAUGGUGAAAAAAUACCCAGAUGCAUAGCUGAUUUCUGUGAGAGGCCUUCAGCUGUUGCAUACAGUAUUUUGGAAUCCAUCAGCAAAUCAAAAUAUGCUUCUGGCUCUACUGUCAGCUUUAAAUGUAUGGAAGGAUUUGUGCUUAACACAUCUGCUAAAAUUGAAUGUAUAAGAGGUGGACAGUGGAUCCCUUCACCUUUAGCUAUCCAGUGUAUACCAGUUCGAUGUGGAGAGCCAUUGAGUAUUACAAAUGGCUAUGUCAUUGGAACUAAUUAUAGUUUUGAUGCAGUUGUGGCUUAUAGCUGUAAUAAAGGAUUUUACAUAAAAGGGGAGAAGAAAAGGAUCUGUCAGGCGUCUGGGGAAUGGAGUGGUCAUUUACCAACAUGCAAUCCUGUGUCUUGUGGAGAACCACCGCAAAUUGAAAAUGGAAUUGUGGAGAUAAAAACUGGACUUGUGUUUGGAAAUGAGGUAACUUAUCACUGCAAGCCUGGCUAUAAAUUAAUUGGAAGUCCCUUACGAGUAUGUCAAGCCAAUCGUCACUGGUACAGUGAGUCACCACCAUCUUGUGUUCUUCUUAGUUGUGAGAAACCACCAUCAAUAAAACACGGUUAUGUAAAAGGAGAUAAGCUUGAAGUAGGUUCAAAAAUUGAAUUUUUAUGUGAUGAGGGCUAUGAACUCACUGGAGAUACCAGUUGGAUUUGUCUGAAAAAUGGAAAGUGGGAUAAAAAACAAAUGCCAACUUGCAUGCCAUCAAAAUGUCAGGAACCACCACUGUUAGAAAACCAUCUGGUAUUGAAAGAGGUGGCAAAUGAAGUAGGCAUUGUGAGAUUCUCUUGUAAAGAAGGUUAUGCAUUACAUGGCUCCUCAGUUUUGAAAUGUUUGCCCUCACAACAAUGGAAUGAUUCAUUCCCAGUAUGCAAAUUGAUUCUUUGUCCCAAACCUCCAUAUAUUCCAUUUGGAGAUAUAAGUUCAGUCUCAUCUCUUCACUUUGGUAGUAAAGUAAAAUAUUCUUGUAUGGAUGGAUUUCUGCUCAAAGGGGUAUCUGAGAUAAUUUGUAAUUCUGAUGGUAUGUGGAGCACAGAGCGCCCAUAUUGCAUUCCAGUAGAAUGCCCUCAACCAGAUGAGAUUUUGAAUGCAAUUGUAGACGUGCAAGGGCUUACCUAUCUUAGCACAGCACUUUACACCUGCAAACCUGGAUUUGAAUUAAUAGGAAAUGCAACUUUGAUUUGUGGAGAAGAUGGUUAUUGGUUGGGUGGAAAGCCAGUAUGCAAGCCCACAGAAUGUCCACCAGCUAAAGAAAUUGCAAAUGGUAGGUUUUCCUACCAAAGCCUUUAUUAUGGCCAAAUUAUUACCUAUACAUGUAAUAGAGGAUUCAAAUUGGAAGGACAACCUGUUUUAACCUGUCUUGAGACAAGAAACUGGGAUGCUGAUACUCCAUUUUGUAAGGAAAUAACCUGUGACCCUCCUCAGGCAAUAGAUAAUGGCUUUGUGGAAGGUGCUGACUAUAGCUAUGGUGCUACAAUUAGUUACAGUUGUAUGCCAGGAUUUCAGUUAAGUGGCCUUGCUAUGCAAACCUGUGAAGACUCUGGUUGGUCUAGUUAUACUCCCAUGUGUCUGCAAAUAGAUUGUGGUCUCCCACCAUUUAUUGACUUUGGUCAGUAUACUAAAAUCAGAUAUGAAGAAAAUAGAUAUUCGGAGGUUGAUAUAUUUAACAUUCCAAAUAAUAUUUUAACAUCCAUAACAGAAACUAGUAAUACAAAACAUGAGAAUUCUUCAUUUAAUGAAUUCAAUGGUGAACUUUCAGAUUAUUUUUAUGGAACACAUAUUUUAUAUACAUGUAACAAUGGUUAUGAAGUUCUUGGGACACCAGUAUUAACUUGCCAGGAGGAUGGAAGUUGGAAUGGAAGUGCCCCAGUAUGCCAACCAAUUGAAUGCAAUAUGCCUUUGGUUCCUGAAAAUGGUAAAAUAAAUUAUAUUGAUAAAACACUUAGUAGUUUUGUUAAUUAUGAGUGUAAUCCAGGCUAUGAAUUAAUUGGCUCAAAUACUAGUCUAUGUCUCAGUAGCAAAAAAUGGAGUCAUGAAACUCCUCAUUGUGCAAUUAUAUCAUGCAAACCACCAAAUGCAAUUCUUAAUGGAUAUAUAGAUGCUUCUAAUUACACAUAUAUGAGUGUUGUAAAUUAUAAAUGUGAGUUAGGAUAUAAAAUUGAUGGUUCAGCCAAAAGAACAUGCCAAAAGAACAAGCAGUGGGAUGGUGAAGAACCAAUCUGUAUUAUUAUUUCUUGUGGACAACCUUCAGCCAUUUUAAAUGGCCAAGUAAUAGGAAAUAAAUAUACUUAUGGAAAACAAGUAGAGUAUCAAUGCAAUGAAGGCUUUGAACUUAAUGGGGAGAAAGUUAGAACUUGUCUUGAGAAUGGGGACUGGAGUGUCAGCAUGCCAUUUUGUUCAGCAAUUAAAUGCAGUCCACCCCUCACAAUUACUUAUGGUGAAGUUAUUGGAACAGAAUAUGGGAUUGGGAAAGAAAUACACUAUAAAUGUAAUGAAGGAUAUAAACUAAAUGGGUCACCAAAACUAACUUGUUUAAUUGAUGGUACUUGGGAUUCAAAAGCUCCACUAUGUGAACUGAUAUAUUGUGGACCUCCUGAAGAUAUUUCCCAUGGAUUUUUAAAUGGCUCUAAAUUUAGUUAUAAAGAAUUUAUACAAUAUAUUUGUUUUCCUGGUUUUGAGAUGCAUGGAAGUUCAUCACGGCAGUGCCUAGCUAAUGGACUAUGGAGUGGGAGUCCUCCUACAUGUGUAUCUUGCGAAUGCCCGCCUCCAGUUGUUCAGCAUGGAAUUGUCAUUGGAGAGGAUUUUACCUGUGGUCAGAAAAUUAAUGUUAAGUGCAAUGAAGGCUACACACUGCUUGGGCCCUCUGAGCUAGGUUGUCUCUCUGCAGGUUCAUGGAAUUCUGGCUUCCCUCUCUGUACAAAGGUAGCAUGUGGCCCUCCACCUGAAAUUCCAAAUGCUUUUAUUAAUGGAAGCAGUUUAAGCAAUGAGAAUGCAAUUCAAUAUAGCUGUGUGAAAGGCUACGCUAUGCAAGGAAAAUCAGAAUUAUUAUGCACUCAAGAAGGUGAAUGGAGUAAACCUUACCCUAACUGCUAUUUACUUUCUUGUGGACAACCACCAAGUGUUUUAAAUGCUGAAGCAAUAGGAGAUUUCAAUACGUAUGGAAGCACAGUCUCUUACAGAUGUCAAGAUGGCUAUAUGAUGAAUUCUGAAGAGUGUGCAAAAACUUGUCUGGUUGAUGGAUUUUGGUCUUCAGAGGACAUUUCCUGUAUUCCUAAAAAAUGUUAUAUACAAGGAAAUCCAAUAAAGUUUAUAGUUACUAAAACAGAAUAUUAUAUUAAUGAUACAAUAAAAAUAUUGUGCAAAGAUGGCUAUAAACGGUCUGGAGCAAGCACUUCAACUUGUAUGAGUGAUGGCACCUGGCUACCUCCCUUUUCAGAUGAUGUAUGUAAUCCUUUGUUAUGUGCAAAACCAAAAGCCCCAGAACAUGGAGUAGUACUUGGAUCAGGAUACCAAUAUAAAGAUACAGUUCUAUAUCACUGUAAUACAGGAUAUGAAAUAAAUGGUUCUACUGAACGAGCGUGUCAAUCGGAUGGAACCUGGAGUGGAUUAGAACCUCAGUGCAAAAGGAUUUCCUGCGAGCCUCCAGAAUUUCUAGAGAAUGGAAUAAUUGAUGGUGAUAGCUAUUUGUUUGGAGAUGAAAUUCAUUAUAGUUGCAAACCAGGUUUUGAACUUCAAGGACCCAGUCGUAGAGUUUGCCAUGUGGACAGACAAUGGAUUCCACCCUCUCCAACGUGUGUGAGCGUCACAUGUGAGCCUCAUCCAUCUAUAGAAAAUGCUAUCUCAAUUUCAAAUGGAAUCACAUACAAAAGUAAUGUCACCUAUGUAUGCUAUUUUGGUUAUCAGCUUGUUGGACCACAGAACGUGACAUGUCUUGCCAAUGGAACUUGGAGUAUGCCUUUGCCAGCAUGUAGAGAAACAAAAUGUGAAGUGCCAGAUAAGAUAGAAAAUGGACAUAUUAUGUUUGAAAAUACCACUGCUAGAAUCCUUGUAAAAUACCAGUGCAAUGAUGGAUACGAGCUUGUUGGAGAACCGCUUGCUGAGUGCACUACAUUUGGUCACUGGAGCCACCCUAUACCUGUUUGCAAACCAAAUCCAUGCCCUGUGCCAUUUGUUAUUCCUGAGAAUGCUGUACUGGCAGAAACAGAUUUCUUUGUUGGUCAGAAAGUAUCCAUCAAAUGUCGCGAAGGCUAUCAUCUACAAGGUCAACCUGUCAUAACAUGCCGUGCUGAUGAAACAUGGACGGAUACGGAUGCAAAAUGUGAAAAAAUUUCUUGUGGUCCAGCUAUUUAUGUACCAAAUGCAAUGGUUCGAGGUACAUACCAUCAUUAUGGUGACAUGGUGACAUAUUCUUGCUACAGUGGAUACAUGUUAGAAGGAUCCUUCAGAAGUGUUUGUUUAGGAAACCGGACAUGGAGUGCUCCGCCAACCUGUAAAGCUGUAUGCAGAUUUCCUUGCCAGAAUGGUGGAGUUUGUGAAAGACCCAAUGCAUGUUCAUGCCCAGAAGGUUGGAUGGGCCGUCUAUGUGAAGAACCAAUCUGCAUUCUUCCAUGUCUUAAUGGAGGUCGAUGUACAGCUCCAUACAAAUGUAAUUGCCCAAAUGGGUGGACAGGAGUUCGUUGUCAUAUUGCUGUUUGCCAAUCCCCUUGUUUAAACGGUGGUAAAUGUAUAAGGCCAAAUCGAUGCCAAUGUCCUCCAAGCUGGACAGGACCUGACUGCUCCAGAAAAAGAAGAAAUGGAUUUUUUUAAUUGCAAAUGAAAUGCCUUACAACUGAUAAAGCAUGUCCUUCUGAAGAUCAUCUGGGGUGCAGAUUUAAUUGAAAUUUGAGUAUUAUAAUGUGAUAUAUUUUCUUAUGCUUUUACAUUUUUCAAUAAAUCAUCCUUAUUUUCAUAUGCAAA